AUGGCGGAUCAAGUCGCCGUUAUUGCCAUACUAUUAUUAAUACAAAAUAUUUAUUGUGGAUACGAUUAUUCGUGCGACUAUAAAUUUGGUGACCCAUCUUGGGAUUACGCUCAAGUAUUUCACGACAAAACACACAUCGUUCCAGCUGGGAUCAAAUCGUAUACGAUUGAUUUAUCGAAAAACAGCCUCAUAAUAUGUUUCGUAUGCGUCAACAUAAGUGACAUCUCACCGAACAACGCUGCAGUUUCUUUCGUGAGUUUGUUUAAGUCGAUUACGGUUGACUUCAACAAUGUUAAUUCUCGGGCCGUCAAAGUUCAUGUAUUAGCUAUGCAUCAUGGAUACAGAAGGAAGGAAGAACCGGCAUGGACGGAUAAUACAGCGAUUUUUUCAAUACCCAGAGUAUGGGAAUGAAAAUAAAACCU